GCAUGGCAUAUUAAAAUUAAAUCGUUGCUGUCUUAAUUUUUAGUAUUUUUAAAGUUUGUAAUACGACUUGUAAAGUCUUUCAAAUAUUUUGUUUUCGAAUUGAACAAUCUCGUUUAAAUAAUGUCUGCCAAACCGAAGAAAGAGGAAAAACCACAAAAAGAAAAGCAACCCGUAGACGAGGUUCUAAAAAUCAACAAAUGGGAUGGUUCAGCAGUGAAGCAUGCUCUUGAUGAUGCUGUAAAAAGUGCGCUUUUAGAUCGUCCGAAUUGCAAAGAACACUUCGGUUUAAUUGAUAUACGUUUAGGAAUAUGUGCUUUCGCAGUUACUGUUGCACUUAUCGCAUUAGGAUGGGAUCACCAAAAUCCUUUUCCGGAAUCGAAACCGGUUCUAGUGAUGUGCGUUACAACAUAUUUUAUACUAAUGGGUAUUUUAACAAUAUACACUACAUUUGGAGAAAAGGGAAUUUUUGCGAUUGCAAUACAAACUGAUCCAGACGGUAAAACUACAAGAACAUGGCAGGCUAGCUCUGAUAUGAAAAAAUACGAUGACAAAUAUACAUUGGUGUUAACAGUGCAAGAUUCAAAAUCUAUAAGAGAAGCAACUACAACAAAAUCCUGUGCUUCAUUUAUUGACAGCAACGGUGUAAUUCUAUCUAAUUUAGUAGCGAAUGAACUUAAUAGAUUGUAUAAUUCUUUAACAAUUGAAAAGAAAGAAAAAUAACUAGAUGUAAAGCAUAAACGAAAAAUUGAAAUAAUUUAAAUUAUUCAUUUUGAAUGAAGCACAUGUUAAGCAUUUAUUAAUGAUUCAUUUUAGGUAUUACAUCGAAAUUUCAAAUUUUCUUUUUGAAUAGAUAAUAGAAUUUUAAUAAGGUAUCUUAAUAUUGAAGAUUAAAAAAAGAGUAUGGUUAUUCUCAAAAUGAAAAAUUUUGCUUGUAUUUUUUUUAAAUUGUUUUAAAUUUUGUAGAUAACAAAAAUUUAUUGUUGGAAAGAAAAAUUGUAAACCUAAUUAUCAAUUUCACCUAAUAUUU